AUGUCUCUCGUCGCAGUAGGAGCUUGCUACGUCGACACCAUCCUGACAACACCCUACUACCCCAGCGAAGAUGAAAAGCUACGAGCGUCAAGCAUCUCCAGACGACGCGGGGGGAACUGUCCCAACACUCUUGAAGUUCUACAACAGCUCACAACAAGAACUACAGAUGCUUCACUGAACCUCGUGGCCAUCCUCCCGGCAAAGUCCUCCGUGGCAUCGCAGCAGAUCCAGAGUGCAUUUGAGCCGGGUGUGAGGCUGGAUCGGUGUAUCUACAGGGAGAAAUUCAGUGAGCCCGCGUCGAGUUAUAUUAUCAAGAGUUCUGGGACGGGGAGUAGGACAAUCGUUAAUUAUAAUGAGUUGCCGGAGAUCAGUGUUGAUGAGUUGAAGGGGUCUAUUGAUGCGGUUGGAGCGAAAACUACUUGGUUUCAUUUUGAGGGCCGGAUACCCGAUGUUGUUCUGGCUGGUAUCAAACACAUUCGACAGCGGUUCCCGUCGGUGCGGGUCAGUGUUGAGGUUGAGAAGCCUCAGCGGCCGGGGCUACAGGAGUUGGCUGUCGAAGCUGAUGUGGUCUUCUACUCGAAGAGUUGGGCUCUAGGAAACGGCUACAAGUCGGCUGAGGAGUGUCUCCGGGAGCAAGCUAAGUUGACCCAUAAAGCGUACGCUCGAGACCAGCCAACAUUAUACAACAAGCUAAUUCUCCAGGUCUCUUCUUUGCUGCACAUGGGGCCAAGACGGUGCCGUCGUUCUUGA